CUUUAAUGUGGGAAUGAAUGACUAAGAACCACUGAAAAUCAAUUGAGAACAAAGUGAGUCUGUGUGGCUCAUUCUCCCGUAGCAACAAUGUUGCAUACCAUACCCUCUUCCUCCUACGUCCACUCAACAACUCUUCUUCCUCAUUCUCUUUUAUCUUCUUCUUCUCAUCAGCCAUGUUUACUUCUCCAACACCACAACUUUAACACUCAAUAUCUUCAUUUAACCAACUUCAGCAGACAUGCCAAUUUGCCAUUAAGACCCAAGGCAACAAGAAAGGUGAUAAAUUGCUCCACAAGCGAGCCAUUGAAGGUGAUGAUAUCAGGUGCACCUGCAUCUGGCAAGGGAACUCAAUGUGAAUUGAUUGUUAAUAAGUAUGGAUUAGUGCACAUAUCAACUGGGGACUUGCUAAGAGCAGAAGUAGCAGCUGGGACAGAAAUAGGAAACAAAGCAAAAGAGUUCAUGAAUGCUGGUCGCUUGGUUCCUGAUGAAAUUGUGACAGCUAUGGUGGCAGCACGAUUGUCUUGCGAAGAUGUUAAGCAAAAAGGGUGGCUUCUUGAUGGUUACCCUCGUAGUUUCUCCCAAGCUGAGAGUCUAGAGAAAAUGCAGAUACGACCUGAUGUGUAUAUCGUAUUAGAUGUUCAUGAUGAAAUUCUGAUCGAAAGAUGCGUUGGUAGAAGGUUAGAUCCAGUAACUGGCAAAAUCUAUCAUGAGAAAUUUUUUCCACCGGAGACAGAAGAAAUAAAAGCAAGGCUAGUAACUCGUCCUGAUGACACUGAAGAAAAAGUUAUGUCACGCCUAAAUAUCUAUAAGCAAAAUGCAGAAUCAGUAUCUUCCUCUUACUCAAACAUAACAAAUAAGAUUGAUGGAAGCCGUCCAAAAGAAGAAGUUUUCAAAGAUAUUGAAUCUUUACUAUCUCAAUUGCAACAAGAUAGUGUGAAAAUAGUGAAAUCUGGAGAAAAACCGAUUCCUGGUAUGAAAAAGGGGCAGGCAUCUUUGAUCCAGGAUAAAUGGAGAGGAAUACCUACUAGACUAAAUAACAUUCCCCAUUCUCGAGAAAUGAGGAAAUAUUUCUAUGAUGAUGUGCUACUAGCUACACAGAGGGCCAUCAAUGAUGGAAAAACUAGGUUAAAGGUUGACAUCAACAUUCCUGAACUGAAUCCAGAAAUGGAUGUUUAUCGAAUUGGUACACUGUUGGAACUUAUUCGAUCUCUUGCACUUUCAUUUGCCGAUGAUGGAAAACGUGUAAAGGUUUGUGUACAGGGGUCAAUGGGAGAAGGUGCUCUUGCUGGAAUGCCAUUACAGCUUGCUGGAAGUCGAAAGAUUUUAGAAUUCAUGGAUUGGGGUGAUUAUGGCGCAAAAGGAACCUUCAUCAACAUUGGUUCUAUAGGUGCAGCGGAGGUUGAAGAGCAAGAUGACAUAUAUUUCUUGGUGGCUCCUCAAAAUGCUGUAGGGAAUUGUAUUAUUGAUGAUUUAAAGGCAAUGACCACUGCUGCCGAACACAGACCAGUUAUCCUAAUCAAUGCUAAGCUUAAGGAUUUACCUGCUUCUAGUGGUAUUAUGCAAACAAUGGGACGAGACAAAAGACUCGAGUAUUCAGCAUCAUUUGAAAGUUGCUACUUGUUUCGGCUUCUCUAUUAUGCAGGAACCCAGUAUCCCAUAAUGGGAGCUCUCAGGAUGUCUUAUCCAUACCGUUACGAGCUGUACAAAAGAGUAGAAGAGUCGCCGGGAAAAGAGAAGUAUGCACUUUUGUCCACCUUUCCUGAAAGACCUACUAUAGAUGAAAUUAAUGAUUCAUUUGAAGGAAAACCAAGAAAUGGAACCAAGAAAGCCUCAGGGUUUUGGGGCUCGUUGAGUGGCAUGUUUUUUUGAGCAUACUAGAAGUGUCAAAGUCUUUGCUUUUUUACAAUAUAAUUGAAGAAUUACGACAAUUUGCCAAGUGAUUAUGGUAAAAUCAGAGCUUGUAGUGCAACUUGGGGUGGAACAUCUUGAAGAUUCAAAGAAUUUUCAAAUCAUAAAUGAUCUUGAGAAUUUCAGAAGAGGGUGGAAGAAAUUUGUUUAUAAGCCACUGUAUUAAUUAAUAUUAUGGGCCUCGCAUGAUAAUAGCUAUAUUGAAUUCUCUGUUACUUUUUGUGACGAAACCAGUUGAUAAUUUCUCCUUCUUACCUAACAUAUAUACUAGUAUACUACCUCCGUCUUUAAACAUAGGAUUAUCAACGGGUUUUUUUUUCUUCCUUUUUUUUAUAGGGUUCUUAAAUAUUUAAGUAUGAAAGAUGUUAGGGUCACACAUUCUAACACACUAUAAUACAAAUUAGUCACAUCAUCAA